GGCAGAAAAGUAAAAGACAAACUUAGGGUUCUAGUAUAUAAACAGGUGAAAUUAGGGUUUCUUACCCUUCGCUGGAUUUAUAAACACAUUAAGCUUCCGCCUCCUCUCUCUCAAUUCCUUCAAUUCAGAUCAGCCAUGGCAGAACAAACUGAAAAGGCGUUUCUUAAGCAGCCCAAAGUCUUCCUCUGCUCGAAGAAGUCUGGCAAGGGAAAGAGGCCAGGGAAGGGAGGGAAUCGAUUCUACAAGAGUGUCGGUCUCGGCUUCAAGACUCCCCGAGAGGCUAUCGAAGGGACAUACAUUGACAAGAAAUGCCCUUUCACCGGAGAUGUAUCAAUUAGAGGCCGUAUUCUUGCCGGUACCUGUCACAGUGCUAAAAUGAUGAGGACCAUCAUUGUUCGACGCAACUACCUGCAUUAUGUUAAGAAAUACCAGAGGUAUGAGAAGAGACACUCAAACAUUCCAGCUCACAUCUCUCCAUGCUUUCGUGUGAAGGAGGGUGACCAUGUUAUUAUUGGCCAGUGCAGGCCAUUGUCAAAGACUGUGAGAUUUAAUGUGCUGAAAGUGAUUCCAGCUGGAUCUUCAGGCGGUGGGAAAAAAGCUUUUACCGGGAUUUAAGUUUUUAAUCAUGCUUUUUUGGUUAGUCCUAUAUUGUGGCUUGUGGUGUUGGAGAUAAUGUGGUGUUAUAUUAUUUGUUACUUUUAACUAGAUGGAUUUUCUUGUUUAUUCAUCAAUGUAUGCCAGAUUGUUUACAUUGAUCAAUUUAGUGUUUUAAAUACUGCUUCAGCUUCUCAUUUACA